UGUCCCUCACCCCCCACUCCCCAGGCGGCAGUCGAGCUCCCAGCCGGUGCCCGGUGAGUCGCGAGGAGGACGGCACGCGAGCUCUGGGCUGGGAGCGGCCAGGCCGGCAAUCGGCGCAGGCGAGCAACUCUCUGCAGGAGCCAGAUAUUUGGAUGGUCACUAAGCUAAUGGCAGAGGAGGAUCACUAGAGAUGGCAGUUGCAAAAACAAAAGCAGUAGUAAAACGAUGCAAAAAUCUAACUUUGGAACCAAAAGAUCUAUCGUUUGAAGAAUUACGGCAAAUGACGAAUGAUUUCUCCCAGAGCCAAGAAAUAAGUAGGGGCGAGCUUGGAGUUGUUUACAAGGGAGUGACUACAAAUGGAGAAUUGAUUGCUGUGACGAGGCUUUUCGAUCUACUAGGACUUGACGAUGAGCAUAUCAAGGAGUUUCAUAAACUUAGCCGGCUCAAGCAUCCAAACCUUGUUCGACUCCUUAGCUAUUGCUAUGAAGAUAAUGGAGAUGCAGUUCAUAGCCAACAGACAAAUAGAGCGCUUUGCUUCGAGUACUUGUAUAGUGACAGCCUCCAAACAUAUAUUUCUGAUGAAUGUCAAGGACUUGACUGGCACACACGCUACAAAAUUAUUCAGGGGAUUUGUGAGGCUUUAUAUUAUCUUUAUGAGAGACAGAAAGAACCUAUUUAUCAUUUGGACCUAAAUCCACGUAGUAUACUUCUGGAUGAGAACAUGACGCCGAAACUUGCAUAUUUUGGUUACUCUAAGAUUUUUGGUAAAGAUUAUUUAGCGGACAUCUGGGACAGAGACCCUGAAACACUUAAAUACUGUCCACCAGAAUACAUACACGGUGGGACUGUGUCAAAAGAGUUUGAUAUGUUCAGCUUGGGUGCCGUAAUCAUAAUGAUGUUGACAGGACGUGCCGACUACAUCAGAAUUUCUAACAGAUCUCCCCAACAAUUUGUCGAUUUGCCAUUCCUUAUUGUUCGGAUUCCACAGACUGUAAAAAAUUGGAGCAAAAGGCUGCAGCAAACAUUUAGUGGUUCUCGACUAGAACUAUGCUGCCAUCAAGUAAAGAAGUGCAUGGAGGUAGCAUUCAGAUGCGUGGAGGAGGACAGACAUGAAAGGCCUGAUAUAGUCGAUGUAAUCUAUGCUCUGAAUGAGAUUGACAAUACUAUUGAUUGGAUGGAAGAUGACCUUCAUGACAAGGUUGAUCAAAGAGUCGUGGAACUAUCUGUGGGUGAAGAUUCCACUCACAGAAUUGAUGACAUAAAUAUGGAACUCAAGGUCCUGGAGUGUAUAGUUGAUGGAAAGGAGGACCCAAGUAAUCUAAAAUUGCCACUUUUAGAGCUCAUCACAAAGAAAUUCGCUAAUGAGCUGAGAAUCGGUAAUGGUGGGUGCGGAGAGGUGUAUAAGGGCAUCCUGCAAAACAAGGUCAUUGCUGUGAAGAAGCUUCACAGCAGCUAUACGAUUGAAGACAAGAUGUUCCAUCAGGAGGUUCAAAGCUUGAUUAUGGUUAAGCACCGAAAUAUUGUACGCUUUCUUGGCUACUGUUCGCAUACAGAAGAAAAGGCAAUGAAAAUGGAAGGAAAAAUUAUUAUGGCGCAGAUACGGGAAAGAUUGCUCUGUUUUGAUUAUAUGAGCAAAGGGAGCCUUGAGAAUCAUCUCACUGAUGAAUUAAGGGGACUUGAAUGGCAUACACGCUAUCAAAUAAUUUAUGGAAUUUGUGAGGGCUUGCAUUAUCUUCACAAGGAAAAACAUAUUAUUCACAUGGAUCUCAAACCUGCCAAUAUAUUAUUAGAUGAUGAUAUGGUACCAAAGAUUACGGAUUUUGGUCUAGCGAGACUUGAUGACAAAUCACGAACUAUGAGUGCAGACCGUCUUUGUUCCGUGGGAUAUUGUGCUCCGGAAUACAGGUUUCAUGGAAAAAUGUCAGCUAAGUCAGACAUUUAUAGUUUAGGUGUUAUAAUCAUGGAACUGGUUACUGGAAGUAAGGUGAAGCCAAAUAUUACUAAUGUACUUCGAAGAUGGAAGCACAGCUGGAGUAAAUCAGCGAAGGUCCCUCCAUUUGGGUACGAACAAGUUACUAAUUGCCUUGAUUUGGCGUUGAGGUGCGUGCACAUGGAUCCAAUAGAGAGGCCUAAUAUAUGGGAUAUAAUCCGUGAUCUUGACAAAAUGGAUUGUACUGUGCACAAUAGCAAUGAUAUUGAAUAUGCAAAUGACCAGAUAAGCUGUUACUUGGGGGACAUGCUGGGGAUUGAGCCGCUCCAAGUGCAUUUACCCUUUGAGCUUAACAAGCUCGUAUCAUUCACCAUUCAGCUGGCCAACAAUACGUACUAUAAUAUUGCCUUCAGGGUCUUUACGACCAGCCUACGCCCCUACUUCACAAGCCCAAGCAAAGGCAUCGUUAAACGACAGACCAAGUUUAAUGUCACCAUAACGUUGCAAGCUCAGAAGAAGGCACCGCUAGGCAACAACUGCAAGGAUGAAUUCAUUGUGCAGAGUACCCGAGUAAAAGGGAGUGUUACAGCAUUGGAUGUAACUGCAGACAUGUUCAACGAAGAGGGGUGGGUUAAAGUGGUUGACAAUGUGAUUCUGAUGGUUGUUCUUGACUUACCACAAACGCUUGGUGACUAGGCACAUUAAAUCCAACAAAUAAAGGGCUCUCAGCACAA